AUGUCCAGCUCCCUCUCCCUGCGCGAGACCUGGCGCCUCUUGAUCCUUGUUGGGAUCUGCCUUGGUAUUAUUUUUAAUGCAUUUCAAGGUGAAGGUGCGCCCUUGGUAGCAUCAGUUGCAUUCAGUGGGAUUGUCUUUGCGAUUACGUACAGUUUCAUUCGAUGGCUUGGACCGGUGUUUAUGAAAGCAGGUCUAAAGGGUAGAGACAUGGCAAAACCGAGAAAACCUGAGAUUCCGGAGACUAUGGGGGCAGUCUGCGCCAUAGUCUACCUUCUCGCACUUAUUUUCUUCAUUCCCUUUGCCUUCUACAAGGAUAUUGUGUCUGCUACUUCUGGUGGAGGCAACCGAGAUGUUGUUCUCGAAGUAGAGCAUGUUGAAACUGGACGGAUGCUACACCGGUUUCCUCAUGGAAAAAUGGAGGCAUAA